GACAAUUAUGGGUUUGUUAAAAUCUUUUGCUGCGUUAAGUGCAGUAACAAUGCUGCUCCUGGCAAAUCACUUGUACAGCACAGUGCCUGAAGAUCUAGAAGAUCCAUGGCUAGCUAAGACCUACAUAGCUGCAUUCAAAUUUGCCAACUUAAUGGCUGAAUUCUUAUCAAUGAUUACUGGUAUCUCAUCAGUAGAUCUGCUUAGAUGGCAAUUGGAGAUGUUGUAUGACUCUAACUUUGAAGAUCCUGAAAUUCUAGUUGAAAAUCAUAAUUUUGAUGGCAUACCAGUUCGUUUGUAUCGUUCAAAGCUCACUACAGAUGUUUCACCUGCUUUGGUAUAUAUACAUGGGGGUGGCUGGACCCUGUUCACACUUGAUUCCUAUAACCUUGUAUGCUCUCAGCUGGCGCUUCAUACAAACACUGUAGUCAUCUCUGUGAGCUAUAGGAGGUCUCCAGAAUCUGCCUACCCUGUACCAUUUGAUGACUGUCUGAAGGCCACCCUGUAUGUCCUACACAAUGGUAGACGAUAUGGGGUUGAUCCCGCAAGAGUUGCUGUAGCAGGUGAUGGAACAGGGGCUAAUUUAGCUGCAGCUGUUGCCUUUCGUCUCUCAGAAGAAGACCCAGAGUACACUCCCUUUGUAAAACUCCAGAUAUUGUUGCAGCCUGCUAUGCAAGCCUUUACAUUUGACACACCGUCAUAUAGGCAGAAUGCUAAAGACACUCUUGUUGGAAGAAGAGCAAUGAUUGAGUUCUGGUGUCAUUACCUGGGUGUUCACGCCAGCAGUGACACCAUCUCUGCUUUAGAAAGAAAUGAGCACAUCACCCCCACCAUCAAGAGAGCCAUCUACUCACUCUACACCUCGGAGAACCUUUUACCGCAGCUGGUUAAAACACAUUACACACCCAGCAACCUGGACAGGUACACAACAGCGUACAGUGAUGAGAUCUCUAAAGUCGUGGAGUCUAAAGUCAUUGACCCCUUUAUGUCCCCGCUAUUGGCUGAUGAUUUAUCCAAGUCGUCACCCGUUUUUAUACUUGUGGCGGAGUAUGAUGUUUUGCGUGAUGACGGUUUGCUGUUUGCGUCCAGGUUGAAGGAGGCAAAUGUCUCAGUCACAGUGAAGUAUGUGGGCAAUCAAUCUCAUGGAUUCUUAGCCCCGUUGUCUCUUUCAGAGCAUGCGAGGUUCACAUCCACUAACAAGACUUGGGCUGAUGUUUAUGAAUUUAUUAAAUUAAAUUUAUAAUUUUUUUUUUUUUUUUAAAUGUGUUUAUUCUGUGUAAUUUUUGUUAAAAUUGAUUGUAAUUGCUGUUGUUUGUAUUGAAGAUUUAAAAUGUUCUUCUCAGCUGAAUUGAAUUUUAUGCUACUGGAGACUGAUGAAACUGCAUUUAAGGACAGAUAAUGAUUUCAUUUUUGUAUAUAAUUCAAUUCCUGCCUGAUGUUAUUUUAUUUAGCUUUUGUUUAUGUAUUAUUUUAAUUCCUCAAUGAAUUGUCAAAAUUCUAAAACAUUAUAAAAAUAUUUAUAUAAAUUGACCACCAUUGUUGAAUAAAUUAAAACCAAGCAUGUUGGAAGUAAUUUUUUUUCAAAGUUGUGGUCAAUAUGCUGUCGUUGAUAAAAUUUCUGAUAAAUUGAUUGUGUGUCUGCAUACACAACUUAGCAUGUCCCACCCAACACCCAGCUGAUUUUCAAAAUCCUUUUAUUUUAAGGGGAAAUGCGCAAGAAAAAAAUGACUGAAAUUCUGAUUUUUCGUCAUAAUGGGUUUCUUGCACCUUUGGAUACUUUGUCCAUUUCUUAAUUCAGUAAAUAAAAACUUAAAUGAGAAAAAAAAAUUCUAAAGUUUUAAAAAAAAUAUUUUUAUGACCCUAUAUGUGAAAAAAAUAAUCAUAUUUUUCUAUUUCUAUAAGAGUGAAAUUA